GCAAAACUCCUUCGGAGGUUUGAAACUUGCUGCGUAAACACAUAUGGGAAGGAGAGGGAAGGAAGAGGCGGAGCAGUGGCUUGCAAGGGCUGACACCAGCCUGGAAUUAAACUGCACCCACAAACUCAGGGAUGUGCUGCCCUGAGGUUUGUCCAGCCUAGCACCCCCCAGCCCCUCUCCAGAGGGGUUUUGCUCAGCCUAGCACACCUGGCCUCUCUCCAGACAGGUUCACCCAGCCUGGAACAUCCUGACCCCUCUCUGGAGGGGUUCGCCCAGCCUGGAACACCCCUGGUUCUUCUCCAGUGGGAUUUUGCCCAGCCUGGCAUCCCUGACCCCUCUCCUGAGGGAUUUUGUCCAGUCUCGCACCCCAGGUUCCUCUCAGGGUGAUGCUUGCCUCAGGGCUCUGGCACUGCCUGAACCCUCUCUGGUGGGAUUUCUCCCAGCCUGGAACACCCCCAGCCCCUCUCAGGGUGGUGUUUGCCCAGGCUGUCAGCCCAGCCCCUCUCGGAGGGGUCAGUGGCUCAGUCCCCGCGGCCCCGCCCGGCUCUGCGGCCGCUGCCCGGGCCCGGCCAUGCUGGACAGCGCCCCCUGGCGGCCGCCGCGCCCUCAGGCGGAGGGGAGGCAGCGCCCCCUCGUGGGCACCUGCCGUGCGUAUGGCGCAGGCGCAGCCGGCGGGCGGUCACGUGGCGGAGCAGCAAGAUGGCGGCGCGCGGAGUGUGACCGAGGAGCCCCCAGAGCCCGCAGCGUGCCCGGCCCCGUGCGCGCCAUGGUGACGGAGCAGGAGGUGGAGGCCAUCGGCCGCACGCUGGUGGACGCGGCGCAGCCGCUGCCCGCCCGGUUCCGGGCCCUCUUCACCCUGCGGAACCUGGGCGGCCGCGCGGCCGUGGAGUGGAUCAGCCGCGCCUUUGGGGACGGCUCGGCGCUGCUGAAGCACGAGCUGGCCUAUUGCCUGGGCCAGAUGCAGGACGAGGCGGCCAUCCCCGUGCUCAUCCGCGUGCUGGAGGACACGGCCCAGGAGCCCAUGGUCCGGCACGAGGCAGGUGAAGCCCUGGGUGCUAUUGGGAACCCUGACGUGCUGGAUAUCCUGAAGCGCUAUUCCCAGGACCCUGUGGUCGAGGUGGCAGAGACGUGUCAGCUGGCCGUGAGGAGGCUGGAGUGGCUGCAGAACAACAAGGAGAGGCCAGGCAGCAGCCCGUACCUGUCCGUGGAUCCUGCUCCCCCCGCUGAGGAGACGGAUGUGGCCAAGCUCCGGGAGAUCCUCCUGGAUGAGUCCCAGGAGCUGUUUGAGCGCUACCGGGCCAUGUUUGCUCUGCGCAAUGUGGGGGGCCAGGCUGCUGUGCUGGCUCUGGCAGAAGGGCUGCGCUGCGGCAGCGCGCUGUUCCGCCACGAGAUCGGGUACGUGCUGGGGCAGCUGCAGGACGAGGCGUGCGUCCCUCAGCUGACGGCCACGCUGCGCAGCCGCGCCGAGAGCCCCAUGGUGCGGCACGAGUGCGCCGAGGCGCUGGGCUCCAUCGCCCGGCCCUCGUGCCUGCGGGCCCUGCGCGCCUUCGCCGGCGACGAGGAGCGCGUGGUGCGCGAGAGCUGCCAGGUGGCCCUGGACAUGUACGAGUACGAGAACGGCGCCCAGUUCCAGUACGCCGACGGGCUCUGCAAGCUGCGGGCCUCCUCCUGAGCCCGGACUGGGGGCACUGAGGGGGCUGUGCCGCCUCCCACCCCCUCCUGCCAAUGGUGGAUCCGUGCCUUGCCACGCAGAGCCGGAGGAGGGACUGGGUUUGCUCUCUGGCACAAUUACAGCCACCUUUUCCCUCCAAAUCCAGGCUGAGCUGCUACUUGCCUCCCCAGCACUCCUCGCCAGCUACUGUUUCCUGGAUCUGCCCCUUUUCCCUGCCAGGAUCAGCGCUGCCUGCCCGCAGCAUGGCUUGGGGCUUGGACCAGGUGGGCUCUGCUUGGCAUGUCAGAGCCUGCUGCAGCUCUGCAGGGCUUGGGCCUGCCCUGGGUUGGCGCUGCCCCGUCGGCAGCUCCAUUCUCCACAGCUGAGCUUUGCUGGGGGCUAGGAUGGGCUUUGGGCACCCACUCUGUGGGCUGUGGUGUUAGGAUGCUUCAAAAUUGCUCUUGGUGAUGGUGCCGAGCGGGGCCCUCCUCACCCGCGCAGUGGGUUUGGCUUCUCCUGUUGGGACAAGCUGGAGCUGAGCCUGUGGCAGCCUCUGCCCUAGGGUGGGGGAUAUUUCAUGGCAACGUUGGGAAGAUAUGGCUGGGGUUUCUUCUGCAGGGAAGGGCGCUGCCACUAGGGUGGGCAGGGUGAGGCAGAGCCUGCCUGAGCUUUCCUCUGUGUUUAACCAAGGCCAGGAGGGCUGAGGCUGCUGCUGGCACCCAAAUCCCUCAGUCAGCCCAGCCUGGGCAAUGGGGUUUGGGGUUUGGCAGGGAAUAAAGCACUGGCACAGGAA